UAUAUAAAUAGAAUAUUAAAUUGAGAUUAUUUUUUUCUUUUUAAAAUUUUUAAAUUACUGAAAUAAGAAAUGCUAAACACAAGGAGUUUAUUAAAAUAUUUUAAAAGGCGCAGCGGUAACCUGUCAGCUACUCUAGAGAAAUCACCAAUUUGGCUAUCUUUAUCAAAUUGUGUUUAUGAAAAUAUUUCAUUUGAAGAAUAUAUUUAUGAAAAUGUUUCUCUUGAUGUUUUUGAUAGAAUUUUAUUCAUAUGGAGAAACACUCCUUCUGUUGUGAUAGGUCGUCAUCAAAACCCUUGGAAAGAAGUCAACUUAAAGAAAAUUGAACAAAGCAAUAUUAAACUUUGUCGUCGUAAUAGUGGAGGUGGUGCUGUUUAUCAUGAUUUAGGAAAUGUAAAUUUUACUGUUUUUAGUAAUAGAGAGUUAUACAACAGAAAAGAAAACUUGAAUUUUGUUGUAGAAUUUUUUAAAGAAGUUUAUAAGAUCAAUCUUGAAAUAAAUCAUAAAGAUGAUAUUAUAUUUGAACGCUUUAAAGUUUCAGGUAGUGCAGCAAAAGUUGGCUUGAACAAUGCAUAUCAUCAUUUUACUUUAUUGUGUAACGCUAAUGUUAAUUGUUUAAGUGAAGUCCUACAGAAUUCUUUCUCACAAAUCCAAACUAGUGCCACACAAAGUGUUUCUUCACCUAUCAAGAAUUUGUUUUAUAAUGGAUUUGAUUUUGCAGAUUUUGUGAAAAAUUUAACAGAGUUUUACCAUAUUAAAUACAAAAAAAUAAGUAAUUAUGCACAGGUUCACCCAAUUAAUUAUCCUAUUUCCCAUAAAGUGGAUUUGCUAAAAGCAUGGGAUUGGACCUAUGGAAAAAGCCCUAAAUUUAGUGUUGAUGGAGUUCUAAUGAAAAAAGGGGUGCAAAUUGGUGUUAUUAAUAUAGUGGUUCAGAAAGGAUUAAUUUCAGAAAUACAAUCAUCAAGUGAGUAUAAUGAAAAACUAAAGUAUUUUGUUGGGAUUAGAUUUGACCCUUAUAAAAUAAUAGGUUUAUUAAAGCUUUAUGAUGUAACAAUACAUUUUUAAUACUUGAUGUUCAAUACUUAAUGUUUACAUUUUUAA